AUGGUUCAGUCCAACUCCGUGGAUGUAAUGGUUCAGUCCAACUCCAUAAUGGUUCAGUCCAACUCCAUAAUGGUUCAGUCCAACUCCAUAAUGGUUCAGUCCAACUCCAUGGAUGUAAUGGUUCAGUCCAACUCCAUAAUGGUUCAGUCCAACUCCAUAAUGGUUCAGUCCAACUCCAUAAUGGUUCAGUCCAACUCCAUAAUGGUUCAGUCCAACUCCAUGGAUGUAAUGGUUCAGUCCAACUCCGUGGAUGGCAGGGCUGGCCAACCCUCUUCCUGGAGAUCUACUGUCCUGUGGGUGUCAAACAUCAUCACAAUAACUAGGGCAGGGCUGGCCAACCCUCUUCCUGGAGAUCUACUGUCCUGUGUGUCAAACAUCAUCACAAUAACUAGGGCAGGGCUGGCCAACCCUGUUCCUGGAGAUCUACUGUCCUGUGUGUCAAACAUCAUCACAAUAACUAGGGCAGGGCUGGCCAACCGUCUUCCUGGAGAUCUACUGUCCUGUGUGUCAAACAUCAUCACAAUAACUAGGGCAGGGCUGGCCAACCGUCUUCCUGGAGAUCUACUGUCCUGUGUGUCAAACAUCAUCACAAUAACUAGGUCAGGGCUGGCCAACCCUCUUCCUGGAGAUCUACUGUCCUGUGUGUCAAACAUCAUCACAAUAACUAGGGCAGGGCUGGCCAACCGUCUUCCUGGAGAUCUACUGUCCUGUGUGUCAAACAUCAUCACAAUAACUAGGUCAGGGCUGGCCAACCCUCUUCCUGGAGAUCUACUGUCCUGUGUGUCAAACAUCAUCACAAUAACUAGGUCAGGGCUGGCCAACCCUCUUCCUGGAGAUCUACUGUCCUGUGUGUCAAACAUCAUCACAAUAACUAGGGCAGGGCUGGCCAACAGUCUUCCUGGAGAUCUACUGUCCUGUGUGUCAAACAUCAUCACAAUAACUAGGGCAGGGCUGGCCAACAGUCUUCCUGGAGAUCUACUGUCCUGUGUGUCAAACAUCAUCACAAUAACUAGGUCAGGGCUGGCCAACCCUCUUCCUGGAGAUCUACUGUCCUGUGUGUCAAACAUCAUCACAAUAACUAGGGCAGGGCUGGCCAACCCUCUUCCUGGAGAUCUACUGUCCUGUAGGUUUACAGUCCAACCCUCUUCCUGGAGAUCUACUGUCCUGUCGGUUUACAGUCCUACAGCAAUAUCCCAUCAUUACCCACAGCAAUAUUGAAAGUAUCCCCAAAAAGAGCCCUGUUCCCUAUAUAGUACACUACUGUUGAUCAGAACACCGUGCUGGGCCCUGGUCUAAAGUAGUGUACUAUAUAGGGAAUAGGGUGUCAAUUGAGACG